AUGUCUGUCCGCCGGGCGCUGGCACCGCGCUCCAUCCACUUGCGCAUCGUGCCACGUCCCGCCAAUUUAUCCGAGAGCCGCGAGAUAUUUCGCGUCCUCCAACGCUUCGGCGAAAUCAGCACCUUCAAGUAUCUUCGGGCACAGUACGAAUACCAGAAUCCCGCCGACAAUGUCGCCCUCGCCAUCUACCGUGACGAAGCCGCCGCCCAGAGCGCCCUCGACGCCUCACCCCUCCGCUUCGCCCUCGAGAAGCUCAUAACCAGCGACACCGAUGCCGACGCCCAAAUCCAAGCCGCCGAAGAAGACGAAGACGACACGCCCAUCCAGCAAACCCCACAGAAAGACGGCAUCGACGAGAUCCUCCGCCCCUCACAACUCCUAAACCGCACCUUACCCACCCCCACCGGCACCACCGGCACCUCCCCCGCCCCAACACCUCCUUCCAAACCCCUCCCCUUCGACCCCCCACCGCACGCCUCCUCGCAGAAGAAAUCCACAAAAUGGUUCCAAGUAACUGUCGACCGCUCCCGCGCCGUACACCCCGAUUUCAUCGAACGCCAGCCCUACUGGAAGCAAUUCCACCCGAUGAAGAGCAUGGCGCAGGUGGAUUUGGAAAAGAGCGUGCCGCAUGUGGGGCUGAGCGAUGUGAGCAAGAGACCGCCGAAUGCGUAUCGCACUCCAGCAAGAGUGCUCAGGGUGAUGAAUGAGUAUGUGGAGAAGAGGAUGCCGAGUUUGAGAGGGAUUGUUGAGGGAGGCGAGAAUGAGAGGGGCUUUGAGGAGAGGAGGAGGAGGGGGUGA